AUGCCUCGUGGUGCAGGAGGAAGGCAGGAUGCCUCGCAGCGCCUUCGGGCCAAACUGCAGUCGCGAGAGAAAGGUGCCGCUGAGGCGGAGCAGAAAAACAACGCAGAGCGGGCCGAGGAGCUAAAGAAUGAGGGCAAUGCCCUCUUCAAGGAUGGCAACAACUUGGGUGCGCUUGCAAAGUUUUCGGAAGCGAUCGAACUCGAUCCCAACAACCAUGUGCUUUGGUCGAAUCGUUCUGGUUGCAACGUCAAGCUGUUGAGAACACGAGACGCCGUUGCAGAUGCUGAGCGUUGUACGGCCUUGAAGCCGGAUUGGCCCAAGUCUUGGUCGAGGUUAGGCGCUGCUUUCUUUGCCGAUGGGCAAGCAGUCAAAGCCCGGGAUGCUUACAAGACAGGUCUGAAGCUGGAGCCAGCCAACGCCACUCUAUUAGAAGGCCUGGCUCUGUCGGAAAAAUCUGCGCUCGAGGAGGAAAAGCAGAAAAAACAAGAGGAAGCGUCGGAGCCGUCAAAAGCAGAGGAGGCGAACGCAACGCAGUAUGGGAAGGAAGUCGAGCCAGUGAUCGGUAUUGACCUGGGAACCACAUUCUCCUGCGUGGCCGUGUGGGGCCAAGACGGGGUUCAGAUCUUGGCAGACGAGGACGGCAUGCGCACAGUUCCGUCAUACGUCGGAUGGACUGCAGAUGGCGAACGUCUGAUCGGACACGCUGCGAAAACACAGGCGGCCAAGCACACAAAGUCAACCGCCUUUGACAUCAAGCGCAUCAUUGGGCAGCGCACCAACGAUGAGGCCGUGCAGAAGGAGUCAAAACGCUUUCCGUUUCCGGUCGUGGAGGGAGAGGACAAGAAACCGGUGAUUGUCAUGGAAACCAAGAAGGGCAGAACCCAGAACUUUGCACCAGAGGAAAUCAGCGCUAUGAUCUUAGGCCGGAUGAAGCAGAUCGCCGAGAAGGCGUUGAAACGCCCAGUGUCAAAGGCAGUGGUCACCGUGCCCGCGUAUUUCAAUGAUGCGCAGCGUCAGUCAACAAAGAAUGCUGGAACCAUCGCCGGCCUUGAAAUUUUGCGAAUCAUCAAUGAACCGACAGCAGCAGCCUUGGCAUAUGGGUUAGAUCAAAAGGCUGAUGCUGCCAAGAGUUCCAACAUUUUGAUCUUCGAUUUGGGAGGUGGUACCUUUGAUGCAACUGUUCUCAAUCUUGAAGGUGGCAUGUUUACUGUCUUAGCCACAGGCGGUGAUACGCGCCUCGGUGGCGAAGACUUUGACAACACCCUUGCGGACCAUCUCGCCACCGAGUUCAAGAACAAGCAUAAUAUUUGUAUUACAGAGGCAAAAGAUAAGUCCAAGCUGAAGGCAGCUACUGAGCGCGCUAAGCGUGAGCUCUCAAACUCACAAGCUGCCAAAGUCGAGCUGCCUCUCAACGGGGAGGAAUACAUCGUUGAUAUUACGAGGGCGAAGUUCGAGUCGUUGAACGCGAAGAUAUUCAAUCGCACGCUCGAUGCUGUGAAGUCGGUCCUAAAGGAUGCCAAAGUUGAGCCCUCGCAGAUCGACGACAUCGUGUUGGUCGGUGGCUCGACUCGCGUGCCGAAGAUCCAGGAGCUUCUCAGUGAACACUUUGGAGGCAGACAGUUGUGCCGGUCGAUCAAUCCCGACGAGGCUGUCGCAUACGGGGCUGCCGUUCAGGGUGCAAUUUUAGCCGGAGUCCGCCACUCUCUCUGCGAUUCGAUCGUGCUGGUGGAUGUCACCCCACUCUCCUUAGGGAUUGAGGUCCAGGGCAAGCACAUGUCCGACAAUCAUUUGCUUGGGGAGUUCAAGAUCACCGGCAUUGAGCGAGCCAAGCGUGAGGAGCCGGAGAUUGAGAUCAACAUGGCGCUAGAUUCAAAUGGCAUCCUGACCGUCAGUGGAAAAGAUAAGAAGACUGGUGCAGAUGCCACCUGCUCCAUCAGCAACGCCUGCAAGGGGUUGUCCCAGAAAGAGAUUGAUCGCAUGGUUGAGGAGUCCGAGCGCUUCGCAAAGGAUGAUGCCGAGCUCGUAAAGAAAGUACAGCUUAAGAAUGAGAUUCAGUCCAUAGCCUUCGAUCUUGUCAGGGACAAGGAACUUGCUCAGGAGACUCUGGAUUGGUGCGACUCUGUCGACAUGUCGACUUGUCCACUGUCCUCGCUGGAAGCUCGCAGGAAGGAGCUUGA